AUGGAGGUACUGAAUAAGCAGCUUACACUUUUGACCAACUACGAAGUCCUACGUCUUGUCAAUGAAUCUAAGAAGCAGGAGGAUAAGAAAGCUAAAAACGACAGAAGCAAGCACUUGUCUACCAUUCUUUAUGAGGUAACAUCGAAAUAUUUGAAGACCACACCCGCACAAGAGCAAAACCCAGAAGUCAUUGAAAAAUUAAUUAAAGCUGUUGCACCAUAUAAGUUGACGGCCGCAGAAACGAUGCAGUUGAUCAACCUCCGGCCGACCACCGCAGCUGAGGUACAGUCUUCUGCAAUCCUGAAUAGGCGAAUAUUCCAACUGGAGCAGCGGGUCCGCACCGCCACUUCAGCGAGAUAAAU